UUAAUUUUGUUACAUAGACAUUUGUUUCUUUAUUUAUUUUCUUCUCAGUGAAAAUAUUUAUAACUUUAUAAUUUCCUGAAAACUGCAACAUGAAUGGGGAAAUAGCCGAAACUUCUAGCACGGAACAUCCUGCUUCAUCAAAAGAAGCGGAGACAAGAGAGUGUGAAUAUUUUCACAUGGUGAUACGGCCUAUGUUAAAUGCUGGACAUGAGGGAGAAUUAUGUGAAUGGUUGAAACAGAUGGGGCUCUUGAGGCGAGGAUUGAAGUGCUCCAACUCAAAUUGCAAAGGAGGCAAAAUGGAAUGGAGUAAGGCCAGAGUGGUUGACAAAUACAACUGGUCUUGUACUGCCUGUCCCAAGAAAGUUUCUAUUCGUGAUGGCUCAUUUUUCAUGCCUGUAAAAUGUGAGCUGAAAGUUGUCAUUCAAGCAAUAUUAAGUUGGUGUGAGAGAAUGCCGGUGGAAGUUGCAGCAAAUAAUUUGAAUUUGAAAACGCACAUAGUUAAGAAAGUAUAUGACCAGUGUGGGGACGUGGCAAGCAGAUAUGUGUUGGACCACUACCACGACUGGCUGCUUGGUGGGGAUGGAGCUGUAGUGGUAAUUGAUGUGUACCCAGAUGGGUACAUGACAUCAACUCCUCCUGACAAGGAUGGACUCAAGAAGAAGACUCAGAAAAAGAUAUUGUGUAUUGCUGACACAAGUUGCAUGCCAGCACGUAUCUGGGCAAGAAUCAUCCAGGACCAACCUGGCAGUCCUAAACCAGGUGUGGUGGAGGAGGCAGUGAAGUAUGUACAGCGACAGGUACGGCCAGGUUCAACAUUAGUUGCUAAUGACAGAGCCUUGUGUUGCUGUUUUGAUGUGGUUAAGGAACUGCCUGGAUACCCAAGUGUGAUCAGUGUAGAGACACUCAUGGAACUUGAUCUUCCAGGCACAAGGCGCAUACAGGAAAACCUUGAAACCAUAUGGCAGUCAGCUGUAGAGGUAUGUGAAGAAGUACAAGAGUUACAGAAGCCUAAAGGAAGUAUACUUCUCCAUGAAUACAUGUGGCGCCAACUGUUUGCCACCACCACCUCAUCAGCACUCGAAUACAUGCUCCACCACAUUGCUGAUAGGUAUCAGACCAAAGAAGACUGAACCCCAUAUGUAAGAACAGCACAACUCAUUGAUCAUAUUUUCACUUGUUUGGGUUCCUUUUUUAUAUUUAUAUUUUUAGAUACAGUAUUGAUUCUUUAAGCAAUAAGUUGGUCUAACACACAUUGUUAACUCUACCCUGCACCUGUUCAUAUGUCUUCCAUUGUGUGUCAUGUGUCCUGUAGCAAUUGAAACUCAACAUGUGAAGGACAGGUUACUUAUCCAGUAACUUGAGUACAAGGUCAUUGUAAUAUGCAAAAGUUAUAGAAAGAUUUGAGAGGAGUACUUACAUAAGCAUGAAUUGAAAACUAUAAUAAUUUUGUCAGUAAAGUGAAUUACUGUUGUAUUACUGAUGAAUGAAAAUGAUGGUUGGGGCUUGAUUCUCAGAAGUGAUGAUAACUUUCUCUUCACUGCCAUGUUUAGAGCAGCUCUUGGUAGGAACCCAAUGGAUACAUCACAGACUUUUUCUGGGGGUGGGGACAGGUUCAGUAGGAAACAGACCGUUUACUUCCACCUGCUGCUGAAGUUGAGAAUGCAUGAAAUUCUAUACGACCUCUGUACUCUUUAACUGACUAUAGGACAAAGAUUUUUUAUAUCUCCAAUUGAAGAAAAAUAUUGUCAUGUGUAGCGGGGUACGCGUGAUGAAAUGACGGGUUCUAAUUCGGAUGAUUGGAUUUAUUAGCACUUGGUUACACACUCUUUUAAUUACAUUCUAAUACAUGCAAUAUAGUGCCGCUGCUGAUUUACGCACUUUCUAGUUCACCAUUGCACAUGCACUAGGAUUCUCUGUCUUCCACUAGUCGUCUAGCAAUGGAUCUCCAUGCAGAAACUGGAUCUUCAAAUCACUCCAAGUAUUACACGUAAUUAAAGUGUUUCAAUCACAUGCCAAGUUUUCACACGAUGAACUUCCCGUGGCUGUCACUUAAACAUGCUCAAAUACUCCAAGAUACUGAAAUCUGUUCUGUCUGUAUCUGUCAUUAUAUAGCUUCCACACUGACCAUGCAGAAAACAGCCUAUAUUGUUGGAACAUGUUUACCAAGUGAUUCAUCGCAGCGGUUGUGGCACGGACUCCUUAGAAAGCCAGUUACAUGACAGCUACCACUGUUGCGGUGUAACAUCAUUGCGCCUGGGAAAAUACACAUUCAAUAAUUCUGAUACUUCUUGACACCCACAUUUAAAUAUAGUAUUAGUUCUGCAGGAAAGGCAUGAAAAUUAAAUCUCCAUCCCACAAUAGUUGUGCCAUGUGGAUGGUGCACAGGCAGACAUAUAAAAAGGGCUGAAUAUUAAACUUUGGCAUACUUAUGUCCAGUUCACUCUUCACAUCUGGUGUUUGUAAACUGUCUGACAAAAUGUGAAAUUGCUACAACCUUAGUGACUGUAGCAGUAAGUUGCAGUCACUAAACUUGCUUGCAGCAAAUUGGUGACAAUGAAACAAGACACUGCUACCUAGCAUUCAUUGCCAUAUGUUUUGUACAGUGCCUUUUUUCCUGAUAAAUAAGAUAUAUAGUAGAAAUAUGUGGAUAUUUCCACAAUGGUAAUCCAUGUAUUGUAAUUAUCAUUACUGGAAUGCUGACACACGGUUCAUUCAGUUCUGUAAUUUUGGAGCUAUCACCAUAUAACUACAGGCUCUACAGUAUCCAGCAGACAUCAUCCUGCAUUUCCAGCAUCUUCUUCGUGUUAACCAAAGAGAGUGAUUGUGGAAGUGGAACAUCACAGUUAAGCCAGAUCUUGCAUAGUUUGUAGAUGCAUGGACACAUUUUGUGGUGAUUGUAAAAGUGUUGUAAGGCAUAUUGACACUGCAUCUCACUGAGAGACUCAGGUUUAACUAACAUGGGCGGAAGUUGAUCCUCGGAGAACGUCGAAGGAGUCUGGAUUUGAUCUUGAAUGGUUAUUUAUUCAAGAACUCAAUACUUUUGUGUGCUGUUUAUUAAACUAAAUUGUACUGUGAUCAGCCAGCUACAUAUCUUACAGGAGCAGACAUCAAACAUGCCCGAACCUUCCCGAGCUGUGUCUUCCAGUGGCUGCAGCAGAGACAUUGCCUGGUCACUGUGAUGUUACAAAAAAUGUUCCAACCCGACACAUAUGGUUCGUAUUACGUUUUAGGGUGUCAGCUUUGAAACCCUGGCCAUGAGACUAAUGCUUUCAUUCCCAGUACUGUCAAACAACCAACUGGCUGUCACCAGUGAAACUGAAGAGAAUUCCUGAGGAACAAUGUAUUCUAAGUGUGUAACACUGCCGUACACUGUUACGAUAUCUGACUUCAUUCGUGAUUAACAUAAUGCAAAUUUAAAUUUCUGUCAAUUAAAAACAAUAGAAAUUAAUGGCUUCCAUCUAAUUUGGAAAUAGCAUGAAAGAUCACCAUCAGUGUAUAUGGUAGUAGUGCUAAUAUUUAAUAUGUAUACAUCAUGUUAAUUGUUUCAAGAGUUGAUUUUUUUAAAUGUGUUUAUGAUAUUACAGUUGAACCUGUUGAAAAGUUAUUAUGAAUCACAUGAUGUAAAUAAGAUCCUAAGAGUUUGUGAUGAUGUUAAAUUAAUACAGGUAUUGUAUUUCUGGACAUCCGUUGUCCUCUUUUUUUUAUCUAAAAUGUGCAACGUUUUGGAGACUGGAUUUGUCUCUGUCUUCAGGUGAAAUCUUCUCAGUUGGGUCCGGUCGAUAGAGCUAGUCCCUAUCUCAAGACACCAGCACCAACACAAGAUAGGGUAUAUAAACCAUUUAUGAGAGUUAAGCCAGCCAUUAAAAACAUUAAACAAAACUCCCUGCAUGUGAGGGUAAGCACUCAUGUCCAUGAUGCACUGUUUCACGGCUAUUGUUGUUGAACUUCAAGUCAACCUACCCAUAUCACAUGGAAAGGAGGGUGGUUCAUAGUUUGAUCAGUAGAGCCAAGGUCAUAUUUCAGGAUCAGAAGGAUUUUAGCAAGGAAAUUAGGAACGUAAGACAUGAUCUGAUGCUUAAUGAAUACCCAUAAGAAUUUGUUGACUCCAUAAUGAAGCCACCAAGAAGCAACUGUCAUUCUUCAGACACAAUAUACUAGGGCACAGUCAUUAUCCCAGGUGUUAAGGGUAUCUCUGAAAAAAAUUCAGAUGCAUUGGAAACCAUUUCAGUUUCAGGAACGUUUUCAAAACUAAACAUACACUCCAAGGGACAGUGAUGAAAACUGGCAGCAGUUAGAGAUGCCCAGCAGAUGAAGCAGUGUGUGCACCAUAUCCUACAUGAUCGUGGCAGAAAUUGGUGAAACAAGCAUAGACCUUAAGAAGUUUGCAUUAAGGAGCAUAAAUAUAACCUGACCCAAGGUCUGCUUGAAAAAUCAAAGCUAGUCCAACAUGUGUAUGAAGGAGACCACAAAAUUAUUGGAAAAAAGCGAAGGUUCUGCAGAUUGAACCAGACACCACCUGCAGGAAAUUAAGGAAUCUACUCACAUGUCUCUGGCAAAUCAUCCGAUCAGUCAACCCAGCAUGGACAUUUCUCCCAUCUGGACUUCCAGUAUUGCAGCAGAAGUCAGAAAUUACAGCUCUGUCCCAUGUAUAUUAUGUGUGAAUUGUGUUUUUAUGUUGGUACCAUACAGAUAAUUUGUUUCUUUAAUGUUAACUUCUCUUCUGAUAGUACUCUGAUUUUAACAACAGUAUCCAUGAAACAGUGCAUGGACAUAGAUGCUGAACCUCAUGUGUGAGGAGUUUUUUUAAUGUUUUUAUAACAGUUAUCUUAACUGUCACAGAUGGUUUAUGCUGUACUUGGUUUAUAUAUUGUAUCUUGCUUUGGUGCUGGUGUCUGGAGAUUUGGCACAGCUGAGUAGGUUUCACGUGAAGGCUGAGACAGAAGCCAGUCUUUGAAAUGUUGUGUGUUUUAAAUAAGAAAUAGGAUGAUGGAUAAUGUCUUGAAACACAGUAAUUGUAAUCACAUGAUGUGAUUAUGUGAGGCCACAGAAAUAAGAGGGACUAUUCCUUGAAACUGCAUAUAAUGCCAAUUUUGAGUUAAUGGUUUUUUGGUACUCUGAAGAUACUAAUAAGAUGUACAACAUUGAGAGAAUGUACUUUUUUUAAGUCUUUGUACAGUGUAGAAGACCGUUUCUGGCUGCAGUUUCCGUAAAGGUUGUAUUCUAGGGACCUAAACUGGACCACUCAGAAGAGGUAGUAAAGGAAACUAUUUGGUUUGUGAUGGAGAAUUGUACCUAAGAAUUUGGAUAAAUAAUAUUUUUUUCUUAAUGUUUCCCAUUAGGCAGGUGUGGAUUGUCUUAAAGUCAAGUAAAUAUAGUACCCUUCACAGUGUAAUGCAUAGAUGAGAGAGCAAUUUACCAUUUUACUUAUAUACAUAUAUAUUACUGGCAGAGUGUGACUUUCUCAGAAGUGUUCUGCAUUCUUGCUGUGCACUCUGCAAGCAUACAAGCAGCUGAAGUGUGUUAAUAUUUCUCAUUUGGCUAUGUGGUAGCUUCAAAUAUAAUGCAUUCGCCUC